AUGGAUGACGAACAUAUUAACGGCGAGGACCACCAUGGUCAGCCUCGACCGCAGAGCAUCUACCGCAGCAGUUUCAUGCGGAGCAGGACGAGCCUGUUGUCCGACGUAGAAAUGGCACAAGAAGAAGUUUUUGCCGGCCCUAUAUCUGAGAGCAUUCCCUCAAGCGUUGCAUCCUUCGUGCGCCGUCGUUCCCGUCGUGAAUCGAACGUUAGUUUUACCUACUUUCAGGAGAAUAACGGAUCCUUUGUAUGGCCGGAUGAUCGCGACGAGGAAGCGGUUAUUGAACCGGACCAGCUUGAAAACGGGGACCUACGUAUCCAUCGAAUUCGUUCGGACGAGCAUGAUGAUCACGCCCUUGAGCGAGGCCAUGAUGAUGACCAAGAAGCCGAUGUUGAAACUCCCUUCCGCCCCUCGAGUUAUUUUGGCCCGACCCCUUCGCAUGACUCUGCUGAAGACCCCUUGCUUUGGCGCCGUGCAUCUUCCACGGACCACCCUCGUGGAGGGAAGACAUCAGACGGUAUUAUCAGCCAGAAGAUAUACAUUGUCUCCGAGGACCUUACGGCCGCCAUUGCAGGGUUCUCAACCAGCGUGGCCGGCUUGGCUACGUACCUUGCCAUUUGCGUUUUCACCUGUGGUCUCGGCUAUCUCAUCUUUAGAUGGGUCCCGAAAUGGCGAGUGUCACUGAUAGGUACUCCAACGCCACUGUAUAAGUGCCAAUGGGUCGCUAUUGAAAACCAAUGGGGCCAAUUCACUAUCCAGGAUGUCCAGAACCAGCCGUACGGGCGCCAACUCUCUACCGUUUUUGGGAGGGGAAACAAAGAAGGUACUGCUGCUAACUACGAGUAUGAAGAUGAUCCUAUAAUGCCAAAUUUAAGAUAUCUGGAUUAUCAUUACGUUCGGUUUUUCUAUCAACCCGUACAAGACAGGUUUAGUAUUAGCGGGACUUGGGCGGACCCUGCAUGGGCUGAUGUGAAGCUUCUACGCCGUGGGUUGGAUGCAGACGAAAGAGAGAGCCGGGAGCAAGUGUUCGGCGCAAAUAUUAUUGAUAUCCAGGCCAAGACUAUUCCACAGAUACUGCUGGAUGAAGCAUUCCACCCUUUCUACAUCUUCCAGAUUGCGAGCUUGACCCUUUGGUCAAUGGAUGAAUACUACUAUUAUGCCACUUGUAUUUUCUUUAUCUCUGUUUUCAGCAUAACGGCAACCGCCAUCGAAACUAGAUCAACUAUGCGACGUCUGCGUGAGAUUGCACACUUUGAGUGCGAGAUACGAGUGUUAAGAAGCGGAUUCUGGACGACUGUACCUUCAACUGAGCUGAUACCUGGAGACGUAUUCGAGAUUUCCGACCCAUCUCUAACUCAAAUACCCUGUGACUGCCUCCUACUCUCUGGUGACUGCAUUGUCAACGAGAGCAUGCUAACAGGAGAAUCUGUCCCCGUCUCAAAAUUUCCUGUAACUGACCAUUCUCUAGCCCAGCUAAAUCUAGCUGCAACUUCGGUUGAUCCAGGAGUUGCCAGGCAUUUCCUAUUCUGUGGCACAAAGCUUAUUCGUGCUAGACGACCCCAAGAUCCCGCAGAUGAUGAAGCGGCUGCUCUUGCAAUGGUUGUGCGAACAGGCUUCAACACUACGAAGGGUGCCCUUGUUAGGUCAAUGCUGUUCCCUAAACCAUCAGGUUUCAAAUUCUAUCAGGACUCUUUCCGGUACAUUUCCGUGAUGGCUACCGUUGCAGCUGUUGGAUUUAUUGUUUCGUUUGUCAAUUUCAUUCGUCUAAAGAUUGUUUGGCACACAAUCAUUGUUCGGGCACUUGACCUUAUUACCAUUGUUGUGCCUCCAGCCUUACCGGCGACUCUUACAAUUGGAAUCAACUUCGCCAUAUCCAGGCUCAAAUCCCAGCAGAUAUUCUGCAUAAGUCCACAAAGGGUCAACGUUGCCGGAAAGCUCGAUGUUGUCUGCUUUGAUAAGACUGGAACUUUAACUGAAGAUGGCCUUGAUGUACUCGGGGUUAGACUCAGUCAUCAACGGGAACAAAGGCGGGUUUCCCUACUGUUCAGCGAUCUUCUAACAGAAGCCUCACUCAUUUUACCCCAGUUACGCUCUGAUCGGGAUCCUACCCAGGAUUACGGCCCAAAUACGGCCGUUCUUUACACCAUGGCGACCUGCCAUUCGCUAAGAAUGAUAGACGGGGAACUAAUAGGCGACCCUCUGGAUGUUAAGAUGUUUGAAUUUACAAGCUGGUCCUACGAAGAAGGUAGCCACAACACUGCAGAAGUAUAUGAGGAUUAUGAAAAUAUCUCCCCAUCUAUUGCAAGAUCUCCGCUCAAUUUUGCUCCUCCAAAUGACGCCGGACCAAUGCCUGAAGCAAAUAAUGCUACAGAGUUAUCCAUCCUUCGCAUUUUUGAAUUUGUUUCUCAACUCCGCCGAGCUAGUGUUGUAGUACGCCAACCAGGUAGUGAUGGAGUUGACAUAUUCGUUAAAGGAGCCCCAGAGUGCAUGAAAGAUAUAUGCAUUCCUAAAAGCUUACCACCCGACUUUUCUGAGCUCCUGAAUUACUAUACCCAUCGCGGGUUCCGAGUUAUUGCCUGUGCAACCAAACAUAUCCCGCAGUUUUCACUCCGAGACAUAUUUUCCAUGAGUAGGGCGGAUGCCGAAUCAGACCUUGAAUUUAUUGGCUUCAUCAUCUUUGAGAACAAACUGAAGCCUACUUCGAAGGGUGUUAUUACCGAGCUACAUGAAGCCGGUAUUCGCAGUGUAAUGUGUACGGGUGAUAAUAUUUUGACAGCCGUCAGCGUUGCAAGGGAGUGUGGCUUUGUUGAGGGCGCCGCCCCUUGCUUUGUUCCUUACUUUGUUGAGGGGUGUUCCUCGGACCCGGACGCUCGGCUUUGCUGGCAGAGCAUUGAUAACCCCGAUUACCAGCUUGAUGAGAAUACAUUAACGCCGCUUCCACAUAGCUCAGUGACAGAUGUGUCCGUUCCUUAUAAUCACUACAAUAAAAUGAACUACGCCAUUGCAGUAACUGGAGAUGUGUUCCGUUGGGUUGUUGACUAUGGCUCCGAAGAGGUGCUGAAUAGGAUGCUCGUUCGUGGCCAAGUCUUUGCUCGGAUGUCCCCUGAUGAAAAACAUGAGCUUGUUGAGAAGCUUCAAUCUCUUGACUACGGUUGUGGAUUCUGCGGGGAUGGUGCCAAUGACUGCGGUGCUCUUAAGGCUGCAGACGUGGGCAUAUCUCUUUCUGAAGCAGAGGCUUCAGUUGCUGCUCCAUUUACUAGUAGGAUAUUUGAUAUAUCAUGCGUUCCAAAACUCAUCAGGGAAGGAAGAGCAGCGUUGGUUACGAGCUUUUGCUGUUUCAAGUACAUGAGUCUUUACUCUGCCAUUCAGUUUACUUCUGUCAGCUUCCUUUACGCAACUGCUUCGAAUUUGGGGGAUUUCCAGUUUCUCUACAUUGACCUGGUGAUAAUUUUGCCUGUGGCUAUAUUCAGUAAGUCAAUGCCGACACUAAAAUGGAUACAAUACCUGACUAACUCUUCAUAGUGGGGUGGAUUGGUCCCAGUCCAGUUCUAUGCCGCAAGAGACCAACUGCAAAUCUUGUUUCACGGAAGGUCUUGACUCCUCUCCUUGGACAAAUUCUUAUAUGCAUCUUCAUUCAAGCCACUGCUUAUGAGACUGUCCAAAUUCCUGAAUGGUAAGGACUAUGUACUUUUCAACCGUUGCCCUUAUUCUUCAUAUAGUAUUGACGACUCUUAGGUAUAUCCCGCCAAAAAUUAGUCAUGAGGAUACCAACAUCAAGAACUCACAAAAUACCGCUCUGUUCCUUGUCUCUUGCUACCAGUAUGUAUUCUCAGGUGUAGUUCUGAGUGCUGGCAAGCCAUUCCGAAAGCCAGCAACCUCUAAUGGUAUGUUUCCUUCAUCUAAAUUGACCCUAAAGCAACUGCCAGUACCUAAUGCGAUCUUUUAGUUCCGUUCGUGGCCACAAUCAUUAUUAUUCUCCUCUUCUCUUCUUAUAUGCUCUUCCAACCCGCCAAAUGGCUGUACAAGCUGAUGGAGCUUACAUACAUGUCUCCUGAGUUCAAGACCUGGAUUUUAAUCCUUGCAUUGGGUGGUUUUGCAGCCGCGUGGGUUUGUGAGAACCACAUAUUCCCCAAACUUGCACGUGGCAUUGGACGCUUAAAUCGCUGGUUACGUCCACAUACAAAAAAGCAACGCCGUCGAUACAAGGUCCUGCUUGAGGGCGGUCAAUGACAGAUUAUCGGGCUUAGUAUAUAUAGACUUCGGUUCAUAUUUUUGCACAUAUAGCGGGUACCACUUGCUUGCAUUGUUUCUACGAUUCGUGCUUUGAUACCUUUUUGCCAAACAUGUAUAGUUUGAAUAGAGGGCAAUGGUUGAAAGUCCGAUAGAUAGUGUAACUGAAUUCUUCUGGUUGAGAAAUCCCUUAUCGUUGCCAUAUCGUGUAGUAUCCGUAAGCUAAAAGUGCCAUUGAACGAUGUUUUCUAUGAAAUAUAUACAACACAUGGACCGCAGAAAACUUUAUUCUUGGUGAUACAAAAUGUUAUCGCAAGUUAUAGUAGAAUUCCCGCGCGAGCAGUCCUACCAACAGGGCUUUGCUCUUGCUUCACACUACCAUCUCAGAACUUAACGGAGUGCGGGCGCCACAGGGAAAAUACCACUUGGAUUCCUUUUCGAUAAAAUAUAGCCGGGCAGUAAAAGAGGACCGAAGAAAUGCGCCGAGAGUACUCCGUAAUUUAAUGAUCCCAAGGGUGCUUCCAGCCAAGGAGAACAGGGCCGUCUUUCUUUGCGCGAUACAUUAACUAGUUUGAACGUGCCGUGUUAGCUUCUCAACACACUGGUACACCAGCAGCCCAAUUCGGCUCUUUUAACAGCUUCGAAUAUAGAUUGCGGGCAAAACAUACCCAAAACCACAUGCUUGCACCAAGAGCAGUUGCGGCAAAUCUGUACAACGGCGGCCCCGGAGGCACCUUGAUAGGGUGGUUGUUGGUUGAAGACAUGAUGGAGGGACUUCGAUUGGUAUUCUACUGCAAAAUAGAAUUAGAAAGAGUCAAUAUGGCACAAUUCACCGUAUUUAACACACCUUAAUAAUCCCACCAGAUCUCCGAGUUCAGAAAUGCGACAAUCUGCCAGUCGUUCGUGAUAGUUGCUUCUCUGCCGUCCUUCCAAUUCGAGCGUCACUUCCAUCGCUGUGCCGGGAUUUGAAUAUCACGUGUUUUUAUCGGAUAAUAUAAAACCCUUUAAUAUGAUUAAGAAGGUCACCUGACACCCAUACACGUGACGUUGCGGAAGGGAGCACGGACCCUCUCAAAACCGUCUCAGCUUCGAGGCUUUUGAGACUUUGCAAAGUACUUUGAAUUUUGAGUAACUACGAAGUAUUGGUCUUUGAUUUAAUUGUAUGCCCCGCCAGUAUGCCAGUGUAUGCGGUCUACCUACUCUCCAAAUACAGGCUUGAAAACCACCUUCGCUCUUACAGUAUUUGCGAAACCCACACAUUCGGGCAUUAGAUUCCUUGAAAAUAGACCUAUGGAUACGUACAAUCUGGUCAUCCUUUAAAUACGCUUCUGCGUACCUUUUGGCAAUGAAAUCCCAAAUAUUGGAACAUCUCUUGACCUCUAUUUUAGGUUUGAAACAACAGAGGCUACCUGAAUGGUGGAAAUGAUAGGACUUCCGCCUACGGGGCCAAGCUGCAACGCGAAAUGCCCAGCAUGAAGAAAUUAGGAACACUUGAUAAUGCAAAAUUCGCCUCAUUCCAAGUUUGGGGACUGUUGGUCUGCACCAAUAUUUCAUCCAGCCGAGAGAGCCACCAAACCACAGUUGAGUACCUUCAGCCAAACUCCCAUAGAGGCUAGCAAUAUGCGCCGUCCGGUUUAUUUUACAAUA